GUAUAUCGGACCCCCUUUUCAGGAGUCAACUAAUCGAAUUUACAAGGUCUUGAACACGCAAUGAAGACUCGAAUGGGAUCUUGAGAAAUCGUGAGGAACAGAUCGAUAUCUGCGGUACCCAGGUAGAUUAGAGCCAUUAGGAUUGAUAUGUUCAUAGGUUACUAUCACAGUAUUCCUGCGUAACAGAGCUGGUCGUCCUGGUCAGUACCUUGGGAUCUGGGACGGCGUCGCUUUGAUCUUAACCUUGGCAUGGAGUUGCCCAUUGACCUAUCUCAUUCGUUUGACAUGGAUUCCUUAGGUGUUUGAUUUCCGACCCAUGUCCCCUCGCAUGUCUCGUAGGUCCUAGGUCCCCCUAAUUUCAACAGGUUCGGUUCGAUUAAAUCGGCCUUGCGUCCAUUGAUUUCCGUAUGCGUCGUUCAUCGCUACGCAAAAAACUGCACUUUUGUAACCGUGAGGAUGAGACAAUGUUGCCUCGCAGCCUCAUAUCCGCUUUGGUUCUCUUCCUGCUUACGGCCGCCUCUUGUGCUACGUGGUUCGCACGUCAGUUGCUUGAGAGGCUCCGUAGGAGAUCCCGACAGGACUUCUCGCUUUUUUUACUCUUCUCGAUCUACUCGUUGUUAUAUAUAACAGUAGCAGUCAUCUUGUUGGUCUUGAUUCGGCGGGGAGGGCAAGGCUACGCAAGCAUACUUGGGAAAUUAAAUGCAUUUUGCAUUUUGCUAGACUCGUUCCUUAUAGCGCAACAAGACCCACUCACCGCCUCAGUCGAGGCAGCCUUGAUCAGAAUUGUCAGGUUCUUUCGAUUUACGACUAGCCAUACGGGGCGUGUGUUUGCUUUUUCUGUUAUUGGGGUUGAAUCUAUCUGUUUCAUCCUCACUUUCCUGCUCGACAGGUGGGCAUAUGUAGGGCUGGUAGUGAUUCAUUACCUCUGGACGACAAUUUGGAUUGGCCACACACACAAUGCUCUCAAUGCUCGGCACGUUGCUGCGGCGAUUGUGACUGCGGCUGCAGCUGUUUGCGCUGCUUGUGGACUAGAGGAUAUUUCGUCACUGGUGUUCUUAUGCUUUUCAAUCAUUUGGGUAGUUACAGUUGAAUCUAUUACUACCUAUUGUACCCAGGCAAGCCGAAUCCGCCGUGCUGAACACAAAAACGAUACCAAUCUUACCUCUGAAUCUGAUUAUUAUCGCGUCGACGAUCCACACCCGGUUUACGAACUCUCAAUCAUUGGAGUCCCAUAUAUCGAUGAGAUAUUCCGCGUUCAUAGAAAGCUCGGGUGUACUUUUCAACGAAACCGCGACAAUACCUUCAUUUGUAGUCAAAUGAUACGCUACAGGGUAUUCACUUAUAGGGUAAAAACGGCCUGUUCAACUAGCGGCAAAGCCGAGACAGGAACCAAGGAUCUGGUUACGAGAACUGAUGGCUAUAUACUAGUAUACGAUGCUGCAAAAAGCGAUACUUUCGAUUAUAUCACAUCCAUCGCCCAAACUGAAGGUAUUCCCCGCUCUAGUCCAGUCAUAUUGCUUCCAAAAAUUAUCAAUGGCGAGGAAAUUCAAGUAACUGAAGAUCAAGGCGCGGAAACAGCAAGUAGAAACGGUUGGAUAUUCUGGAAGGAAAACGAUAAUUUAUUUGCUUUUAUCAUUUGUAUGUUACAAGAUCCGAAGCGGAGCAUACCAUCGUUGGAAAGGUGCGGUUCAUGUUGAGGCCCAGGUAUAUUUCGGCUAUGUACUUUAUUAGAC